AUUAAUUUGUAAAACAUAAAUCAUUUUUACUAAUUUUUUUUAUUUUUAAUAAGAAUUUAUUUUUAAUUUCUUCAGAUAUACAUUGUUAGAAUAUAAAUCUGAUGACAAAAUGAAUAUAUAUGUAAGACCUCCUGAUCCUUUAUCUGAUAAUGGAGAUAUUGCUCAAAAUUGGAAGCAGUGGAAAAAAGAUUUUAUGAUAUUUAUGAAUGUAACUAAUUCAAUGGAUAAACCAAAAGAACAACAAGCUUAUCUUUUAAGAAGUUAUAUAGGAAAAAUUGGUCAAAAUGCUAUAGAAAAAAUUAUUUCAACCAAUUUGAAAGAAAGAGAUGAUAUGAAUGUAUUAUUAGCAAAACUUGAUAAAUAUUUUUGUCCUUCUAAAAAUGAAGUUAUUGAAAGAUAUAAUUUCUUUAAUUCAAGAAAAAAAAAAGAUGAAUCUAUUGAAACUUAUAUCACUCAGUUGAAGAGUAAAGCAAAAACUUGUAACUUUGGAAAAAUAACAGAGAGUUUAAUUAGAGAUAAAAUAAUUAUGGAAAUCAAUGAUAAAAAUUUAAAAACAAAAAUUUUUAAUACAGAAAAUCUCAAUUUAUUAACAUUAAUAAAAAUUUUUAAUGAGCAUCAAAAUUUGCAAAAAAAAAAAGAAGAAAACAAAAUAAAAAAUGAUACAAGAAGUGAUAAUGCAUCUUUUAGAAAUACACCUAAGAUUGUUAAAAAUUUUGAUGAAAAAACUAAUAAGUCAAAUAAUAAUGAAAAAUCAAUAAACAUGCAAAAUAAAAGGAAUUGUAAAAAAUGUAACCAAAGACAUCCUAUAAAAGCUUGUCCUGCUUGGGGUUUGAAAUGUGAAAAAUGUGGCAUGUACAAUCAUUAUACUAAUUGUUGUCCAACUCAAUUUAAUGAAAAAAAAGAACAAAAAUCAAAUAUUGCUGAUAAUAUGAAUUUACAAAAAGAAAAUUUACAGAUUCCUAGUGCUCCACCAUUUUUGGAUAUUGAUCCUAGAUUAUACCCAAAUUUAGAUCAUGUAAAAAUAUCUCAAGAAAGAAUGAUGUGUAGUCAACAUAUAAUUUCAUCGACACAUCCAAAUUCAUGGUCAUGGAUAGAGAAUAAAAAUAAAAUCAUUAAUGAAAAUUUACAAAAUAAUAAUAAUUCAUUGCCUUCAGUAUCAAAUAUGAAUAUCGGAUAUGAAUAUAAUAUGGAAGUUUCUGAAGUAAAAAAAGAAAGUACUAGUGACAUUGAUCAAAAUAAAAAUAUUUCUAAAAAUAAAUGUCGAAUAUCAUAGAAAAACGUGUAAGAUAUUU